AUGGCGACAACGGCCGCGAUCCCACCUCUUGGGGCACAAAACCCAAACCUGAAAGCACCAGCGACUACCUCGAGUUCUGCGGCCGAACCAGCUGCUGCAAUCAAGCCGCAGCUACAACCUCGGUCAAACACGUCGCGGUCGUCACCCCGACGCCCGAUACGGCCAGCCUCCUCGGACUAUUUGUCGGACAAAGCUACAACGGCCUUCAUUCGUCGAACGCUAUGCGCCCAACACCUAGCUGAUAGGGGGAGGAACUCCCCGGCACCAAUCGAAGAGCUGCUUCCUCCUUUGACCAGUCGAAACGACGUGGAUCUACAGCUCUACGCCCUCAUAUCAGUCAUUCUGAAGGAGUUCGUCCAGAAAUGGUACAACAAUAUCACAGCCGACGAGUCGUUCGUCGCCGAGAUUGUACAAAUCAUUGCACAUUGUACUAGAGCACUCGAAGAAAGGCUGAGGCAUGUUGACCUCGAAAGUCUGUUGUUUGAUGAGCUGCCUGAACUGAUUGACGCACACAUAACAGCAUAUCGCACUGCCCAGACUUCGGCAGCCAGACCGCCUAUUAAGUCGGAUCAUCGCACAAUUUACCACUCGUUAUGCCCCUUGCCAGCUCUGUCUCCAAUACCCAAGUCAGGUGAUGCCAGCAGCAUACAAGCACAGGCUGACAAUGAAACCGCGUAUCGCCAGUUGCUGGUUCAUGGAAUCCUGGUGUUGUUGCUUCCGACAGAAGACCUUGAGAAUGAGUGCUUGACGUCACUGGUUAGCCAGAUUUUCUCCGAACUCAUCAUUGGCAAUCUAGUUGCCAACAAACUAUCUGAACCAUGGCUGUUGCUGGAGAUAUUUAUUAUGCUUACACGUCUAACAAAAGGGUCGUCUGAGCCAACAGAUCAAACCGCACCUGUUGAUGCCGCUGAAUUGGACAAUUGCCAACCAAUAUCCUCCAAAAAUCCACAACUAGCUACUAACAGGAGCCCAUCAUUUCAGUCAUUGUUCUGGUCUUCAGUCCAAUGGUGCUUCCUCUUGGUCAACGCCAUCCGUGUCUUGAUCAACACCUUGGUUCUGUCACGCUCUCUCCCCCCUCGAACUACAAUCCUGUUCGUUCAAAAGCCUCAUGCGACUAGUCACCUCGGGAGCGAAAAAUCCCAUCAGCCACUCGCAGCCUUCGAGUCCCAGUCCGUACCAGUGAGAGUUCCAAUCGUUGAUUUCAAGAUUUGGUCAUCCACCGCCAACUUGCUCGAAAUGGACUCCCGCAUGCCUUGGCUUGGCGGAGCAUUGUCAAUGCUACAAUGGAUUACGACGAGAGGCCCAGGAAGGAUCGCAGGAUAUGAUGGAAUCAUCGACAGGUAG